GCAAAGGUCAGAGGAUCCAUCAGAGACUCAAACCAGAACCAGAACCAGAACCCAGCUGUGUGUCCUUUAAGAGUGACAUGUCAAAGGGUGCAAUCAUUUUCUUUAAAUCUCCUGGAUCUCCACCAUCAGAGAGAAUCCAUCAGAUUUUCACACAAGAAGAAUCAGAACCCAGCUGUGUGUCGUUUAAGAGCGACGGUUCAAUGGAUCAUCCCAUUGACUUUAAAUCUCCUGGACCUCCAUCAUCAGAGAGAGUGGACCAGCAGAGCUCAGAGGUUCCCAGUUGUCUGUCUGCCCAGCAGCAUAAAACACAGCUGGACUUCAUAUUUAUGAUGCUGGAGGACAAUAUUGUCGCUUUUCUGAAGAACGAGCUGAAGAAGAUCCAUAAGAUUCUGAGUCCAAAUGACCCAGAAUGCACAGAGAGUCAGAGAGAUGAUGAUGAGGUGUUGGAAGGUGAGGAUGAAGAGCAGAGGAGAAGCAGCAGAGAGGCAGUGAUGAAGAUCACACUGAACUUCCUGCGGAGGAUGAAGCAGGAGGAGCUGGCUGACCGUCUGGAGAGCAAACGUCUUGCUGCAGUUUGUGAACAUCAACUUAAAUCUGGUCUGAAGAAGAAGUUCCAGUCUGUGUUUGAGGGGAUUGCUAAACCAGGAAGUCCAACCCUUCUGAACCAGAUCUACACAGAGCUCUACAUCACAGAGGGAGGGACUGGAGAGGUCAAUGAUGAACAUGAGGUCAGACAGAUUGAAACAGCAUCCAGGAAACCACACAGACCAGAAACAACAAUCAGACAAGAAGACAUCUUUAAAGUCCAACCUAGAAGAGAUCAACCAAUCAGAACAGUGAUGACAAAUGGAGUGGCUGGCAUUGGGAAAACAGUCUUAACACAGAAGUUCACUCUGGACUGGGCUGAAGACAAAGCCCACCAGAACAUCCAGUUCAUAUUUCCAUUCACCUUCAGAGAGCUGAAUGUGCUGAAGGAGAAAAAGUUCAGUUUGGUGGAACUUGUUCAUCAUUUGUUUAGUGAAACCAAAGAAAUCUGCAGCUUUGAACACUUCCAGGUUCUGUUCAUCUUUGAUGGUCUGGAUGAGAGUCGACUUCCUCUGGACUUCCACAACAAGGAGAUCCUGACUGAUGCUACAGAGUCCACCUCAGUGGACGUUCUGCUGACAAACCUCAUCAGGGGGAAACUGCUUCCCUCUGCUCUCCUCUGGAUAACCACACGACCUGCAGCAGCCAAUCAGAUCCCUCCUCAGUGUGUUGGUAUGGUAACAGAGGUCAGAGGGUUCAAUGACCCACAGAAGGAGGAGUACUUCAGGAAGAGAUUCAGAGAUAAGGAGCAGGCCAGCAGGAUCAUCUCCCACAUGAAGACAUCACGAAGCCUCCACAUCAUGUGCCACAUCCCAGUCUUCUGCUGGAUCACUGCUACAGUUCUGGAGGAUGUGUUGGAGACCAGAGAGGGAGGAGAGCUGCCCAGAACCCUGACUGAGAUGUACAUCCACUUCCUGGUGGUUCAGACCAAAGUGAAGAAGGUCAAGUAUGAUGGAGGAGCUGAAACAGAUCCACACUGGAGUCCAGAGAGCAGGAAGAUGAUCAAGUCUCUGGGAAAACUGGCUUUUGAUCAGCUGCAGAAAGGAAACCUGAUCUUCUAUGAAUCAGACCUGACAGAGUGUGGCAUCGAUAUCAGAGCAGCCUCAGUGUACUCAGGAGUGUUCACACAGAUCUUUAAAGAGGAGAGAGGUCUGUACCAGGACAAGGUGUUCUGCUUCAUCCAUCUGAGUGUUCAGGAGUUUCUGGCUGCUCUUCAUGUUCAUCGGACCUUUAUCAACUCUGGGGUCAUCUUGAUGGGAGAAAAACAAACACCUAAGAAAUCUUCAUUAUUUAAUAAACUUAAACUAAAAUGUCUCCAUCAGAGAGCUGUUGACCAGGCCUUACAGAGUCCAAAUGGACACCUGGACUUGUUCCUCCGCUUCCUCCUGGGACUUUCACUGCAGACCAAUCAGAGACUCCUACAAGGUCUGCUGACACAGACAGGAAGUAGCUCACAGACCAAUCAGAAAACAGUUCAGCUCAUCAAGGAGAAGAUCAAUGAGAGUUUGUCUGCAGAGAAAAGCAUCAAUCUGUUCCACUGUCUGAAUGAACUGAAUGAUCGUUCUCUAGUGGAGGAGAUCCAACAGUCUCUGAGUUCAGGAAGUCUCUCCACAGAUAAACUGUCUCCUGCUCAGUGGUCAGCUCUGGUUUUCAUCUUAGUGUCAUCAGGAAAAGAUCUGGAUGUGUUUGACCUGAAGAAAUACUCUGCUUCAGAGGAGGUUCUUCUGAGGCUGCUGCCAGUGGUUAAAGCCUCCAACAAAGCUCUACUGAGUGGCUGUAACCUCUCAGAGAGAAGCUGUGAAGCUCUGUCCUCAGUUCUCAGCUCCCAGUCCUCCAGUCUCAGAGAACUGGACCUGAGUAACAACAACCUGCAGGAUUCAGGAGUGAAGCUUCUCUCUGCUGGACUGGAGAGUCCAAACUGCAACCUGGAAACUCUCAGACUGAGUGGCUGUAACCUCUCAGAGAGAAGCUGUGAAGCUCUGUCCUCAGUUCUCAGCUCCCAGUCCUCCAGUCUCAGAGAACUGGACCUGAGUAACAACAACCUGCAGGAUUCAGGAGUGAAGCUUCUCUCUGCUGGACUGAAGAGUCCAAACUGCAACCUGGAAACUCUCAGCUUAUCAGGCUGUUUGGUCUCAGAGGAAGGCUGUGCUUCUCUGGCCUCAGCUCUGACCUCCAACCCCUCCCAUCUGAAAGAGUUGGACCUGAGCUACAAUCAUCCAGGAGACUCAGGAGUGAAGCUGCUGUCGGCUGGACUGAAGGAUCCACACUGGAGACUGGAAGCUCUCAGACUGAGUGGCUGUAACCUCUCAGAGAGAAGCUGUGAAGCUCUGUCCUCAGUUCUCAGCUCCCAGUCCUCCAGUCUCAGAGAACUGGACCUGAGUAACAACAACCUGCAGGAUUCAGGAGUGAAGCUUCUCUCUGCUGGACUGAAGAGUCCAAACUGCAACCUGGAAACUCUCAGACUGAGUGGCUGUAACCUCUCAGAGAGAAGCUGUGAAGCUCUGUCCUCAGUUCUCAGCUCCCAGUCCUCCAGUCUCAGAGAACUGGACCUGAGUAACAACAACCUGCAGGAUUCAGGAGUGAAGCUUCUCUCUGCUGGACUGAAGAGUCCAAACUGCAACCUGGAAACUCUCAGCUUAUCAGGCUGUUUGGUCUCAGAGGAAGGCUGUGCUUCUCUGGCCUCAGCUCUGACCUCCAACCCCUCCCAUCUGAAAGAGUUGGACCUGAGCUACAAUCAUCCAGGAGACUCAGGAGUGAAGCUGCUGUCGGCUGGACUGAAGGAUCCACACUGGAGACUGGAAGCUCUCAGACUGAGUGGCUGUAACCUCUCAGAGAGAAGCUGUGAAGCUCUGUCCUCAGUUCUCAGCUCCCAGUCCUCCAGUCUCAGAGAACUGGACCUGAGUAACAACAACCUGCAGGAUUCAGGAGUGAAGCUUCUCUCUGCUGGACUGAAGAGUCCAAACUGCAACCUGGAAUCUCUCAGCUUAUCAGGCUGUUUGGUCUCAGAGGAAGGCUGUGCUUCUCUGGCCUCAGCUCUGACCUCCAACCCCUCCCAUCUGAAAGAGUUGGACCUGAGCUACAAUCAUCCAGGAGACUCAGGAGUGAAGCUGCUGUCGGCUGGACUGAAGGAUCCACACUGGAGACUGGAAGCUCUCAGGGUGGAGCCUGCUGGAGGCCCAUUCUUGACACCAGGUCUAUGGAGACUGAGGAAGUAUUCCUGUCAACUCACCAUCGACACAAACACAGUGAACAGAGAACUCAAACUGUCUGAAGACAACAGGAAGGUGACACGUGUGAAGGAGCUUCAGUCAUAUCCUGAUCAUCCAGAAAGAUUUGAUUUACCUCAGCUGCUGUGUAGAACUGGUCUGACUGGUCGCUGUUACUGGGAGGUUGAGUGUAGAGGAGGAGUUAAUAUAUCAGUGAGUUACAGAAGAAUCAGGAGGAAAGGAUACAGUACAGACUGUUGGUUUGGAUAUAAUAAUCAUUCCUGGAGUCUGAGCUGCUAUGAUGAUGGUUACUCUGUCUUGCACAAUAACAUAGGAACUCGUCUCUCCUCCUCCUCUGUCUCUAACAGAGUAGCAGUGUAUGUGGACUUUCCUGCUGGCAUUCUGUCCUUCUACAGAGUUUCCUCUGACUCACUGAUCCUCCUCCACACCUUCAACACCACAUUCACUGAACCUCUGAUUCCUGGAUUUACAGUCUGGCCCAUUUCUGGUUCCUCAGUGUUUCUGUGCUGAGUUGAGUCUAAAGAGUCUAAAGAUUUUCCUCCUGUCAGAGAAACUCUCUCACU